AUAAAAGACAAGAGAGUGUCCGGUUUACUCUUCACUUUUUUGGUUUUGAGUACCGGAACUCGAACUCAGGACUUUGGGCUUUCCAGAACUUUGAGGUGAAAGCAGAUGACCUGGAGCCCAUCGUGGAACUGGGGCGAGGUGCAUACGGCGUGGUGGAGAAGAUGCGGCAUGUGCCCAGUGAACAGAUCAUGGCCGUGAAGCGGAUCCGGGCCACUGUGAAUAGCCAGGAGCAGAAAAGGCUGUUGAUGGACUUGGAUGUCUCCAUGAGAACAGUAGACUGUCCAUUCACUGUCACAUUCUAUGGUGCCCUUUUCCGGGAGGGAGAUGUAUGGAUCUGCAUGGAGCUCAUGGAUACCUCCCUAGAUAAAUUCUACAAACAAGUCAUUGACAAAGGCCAAACAAUUCCAGAGGAUAUCCUAGGGAAGAUAGCAGUUUCUAUUGUAAAAGCGUUAGAACACUUACACAGUAAGCUCUCUGUCAUUCAUCGGGAUGUCAAGCCCUCGAAUGUGCUGAUUAAUACCCUGGGCCAAGUGAAGAUGUGUGAUUUUGGAAUCAGCGGCUACCUGGUGGACUCUGUUGCUAAAACGAUUGAUGCAGGUUGCAAACCAUACAUGGCCCCUGAAAGAAUAAACCCAGAGCUCAACCAGAAGGGAUACAGCGUGAAGUCGGACAUCUGGAGUCUGGGCAUCACGAUGAUUGAGCUGGCCAUCCUUCGGUUUCCCUACGAUUCCUGGGGGACGCCCUUCCAGCAGCUCAAGCAGGUGGUGGAGGAGCCGUCGCCACAACUCCCGGCAGACAAGUUCUCCGCAGAGUUCGUCGACUUUACCUCACAGUGCUUGAAGAAGAAUUCCAAAGAACGGCCUACGUAUCCUGAGCUUAUGCAACAUCCAUUUUUCACCGUACAUGAAUCCAAAGCAACAGAUGUGGCAUCUUUUGUAAAACUGAUUCUUGGAGACUGAAAACCAGUGGACUUAACUGAUUGACCCUACUGUGGAUGGAAGGAUUUACAGGGCGGAGCAAGUUCACUACAGCGCCAAUAGAAAAUCAUCUUUGAGAUAAUUUAACCCUCUCUGAGGGUUUUCUCUCCUUAUUUUUUUCUUAUCCCCCUCCUAAGGGGGCCUUGGAAUCUAUAGUAUAGGAUGAACUUUCUAGAUGGAUGAAAUAUGAUAAAAGGCUUAGGACUUAAAAAGGUGAUUAAAUAUUUAAUGAUGUGCCAUAUAAGUCCUUAAGCUUCUCAGAUUUCUCUUGUUCUUUACGAAAUGAAUGAAUUGGCCCUGGCAAAAAGGUGCUACAGUAGUGAUGAAAUUGUAAGUAGAUUUGUAGUUUGUCCCAUUUAUUAUUUUAAUAUUUAUGUUUAAGCGCUUGGUUGGAAAGAUUCCACUUUAUGCAAGAAGGGAGAUACAGAAGAGGGGUGGGUUGGCGAUAUUUAUAGGGCUUUUAUUUUUUAAGUUCAAUCGUUUCUGUGUUUCAGAAAAAAUAAUUUAAUAUGCAUCUUUAAGAAUAUUAUAAAAAUCUCAAAAAAAAAAAAAAAAAAAAAAGGAGCUCUUCUAGUGAAACAUCUUUUCUGGUUGUGGCUGCCACCAUACUCCCCAACUAAGUCCUGGCUGAUCACCGUGUGUUUUAAGUGAAGUGUCAAAGCAUCUUGCUUCUACUCCUUUCCCCACUUUGGAAAACAUGCAAAUCAUUUUUAUCACCGUUCCAAGAGUAAAGAUUUUGGUUCUCUUGACCUUUGUGAUAUAGAAUUAGUGGGAAGUGAUUCGUGAUGUGAUUUUAUAUCUACCUAUAUACCAACGUGUGUGUGUGUGUGUGUGUGUGUGUGUGUGUGUGUGUGUGUAUGUGUGUAUUAAACUGAGUUCUGCUAACUGGUUUUUGUGAAUAUCUAUAUUUAGUAAAAAGGACAUUUGUCCAACAUAAGGGGAGACAUGGCAAACCACAGAGAGAAUCGGUGCCUUCUGCUUCUGUCCUUCCCGCACUGGGCAAGUCCCAAGGAUUAUCUUUGUAAUUGAUAUACUCCUUUACUUUGUACUCUUAUUCAAUGAAGAAGCCUUACUAUUAUUGGAAGAGGAGAAAACUCAAGCCAGCUAGUAAUUCUUUGGCCAUAUGAAAUGAUAAAGGGGAAGGUUGAAUUGACGCCUGAGAAUGGGUUGCCAGCUUUCUACAGGAUGAGUUUAUGUUCUAUCUUUCCUCAAUAACAUAUGGUAGCAAGUUCCAUGCUGAACUCCUAGCAGGUUGACUAUAUAACCAAAUUUUUUUCUUAUAGCUAAAAACAACGACAGGUUCUCUGACUUUUCUUCUUUUAGGAUCAAGGAGUAAAAUGAUUGAUAGAGAAAAUAGAGACCUAUCCUAAAUAACCAGGAACCAUUGUUUUUGGACAUAGUGUUUACCAGGGCUACAUUGGGAGUACACAGAGGGAGGGUGUCUAUUUAGAAAAAAAAAAAAAAAAAAGCCACACUAUUUUUUUUGUUUGCCUCCAGUUCUCCAGUGUGGAGAGGGUUGUUCCCCUGAGUCUUCCCUUCCUUCCCCUCUUAGAUUUUGAAAUGCAGCGGUCUAUUUUUCUCUGUGUUUCCUUUUGUCUUGUUCUUGACAUCUUGCUCGUGUUACCCAGAAUGAGCAUGAUACUUCUUCACAUUUUGGUCCAGCAAAUAUCCAUUUAAUUAAAUAGCAGCUUCACAUUCUGUGUUCAUUUUCUUCUAGCCAGAGCAUGGGUCUUAACCUCGCAAUCACAGCCGUGCAGUUUCUCCCCCACUUUCCUACAUCUGGAGGUUCCACUCCUUGAAAUAAGGAAAGGUCAUAGCUUUGUUCCUGCUCUACUUAUUCAUUUUCUGAUAACAGAAAGUAUUGGGAGAAAAAUGUAGGGCCAAUCCACUGCAAAUCUGAUAAACCAUUAAAGUAAAUAAUCUCUCUGUUCUGAGUCAGAAAGAUUCUACUCCUACCUGUUUUGUGCUUUGCAACAUUCUUCAGGAAGAGUGUAUUUCCUGUUGGUAAACCUAAAACCCACUUGGUUAGAGAGUUAGAGUUGGACUUGGAGAGUCUGGGGCUGACGUUUGCUGAACAGUUAUAAUGAGGGAGAAGUUGGUGUAAAGUUCUCAACACUGGUGGGUGUAUUUGGAAGCAUCUAGAAGCUUAUGAACAAUGUCAGCAUCAAAGCUUUAAGACCUGGAGACUUUCCUCUAAUUAAUCCAGGCUGGGGCCAGGGAACGGGUACUUCUUUUUGGUAUUGAACAAUCCUCAUAUGAUUAUGAAGGGAGAACACUGUGUGGGACUUUUUAAGAAGAGAGUUGACUGGAAAUUACUUUCUCUUAAAUGUUUUCAGAGAACAAUAAGUGAUUGUGGAAGAACAAGAGCUCCUAUUUCUUUUGGAUUAUCUUUAUCACUAUCAGGGAGGGUAUGUUCUUGGUAUUACUGAUGGGAAAAUUGAAAUACCUUUCCCAUAGAGAAACAAUAUUCUAUUUGAUGACUAAGUAUCUUAUGUACUAAGAUGUAAUAGCUUGAUAGCUUUAGAAAUCUAAAUUUUUAGAACAUGGUUUUGUUUCUAGAGAACUGUGUUACUCUGUCAUGAACUUAAAAAACCAGGACCCAUAAAUUGUGUUUAAGUUGAGAUUUUCCUGUACAUACAGACAGAUAUGUAUAUAUAAAGAAAAAGAUACCUGUAUUCAGGAAUGAUGAUGAAGUGUUUCUCUGCCACCUUGGACCAUCGUAGUAUCAGCCCUGGCUCUGUCAAUGUAUUAUGAAAUCAGUGGAGCUCUACUUCAGACAUCAUGCUUGUCUUUCCCAGUGUAUUUGAUUUGGUAUCAUCUAAUUGUCCAUGGUAGAAAUUUUCUUUAUAUUCAUACAAAUAAUCCACCUCGCUCUCUAUGUAUUAUUGAUGUAAGAGAUGUGCCAAGAAGCCAAUGGGAAGGAUUCUGAAGACAGUUAUUGUCUGUGUGGAUGUAUCGAUGAGUGUCACUCUUGAGAGAAGUUACCUAAAGAAGCUCUAUAUUUAUAGAAAUGCUUUCACUAAAACAUUUUUGCCACUUCUCUUUCAGGAGCCCAUUCUCUCCCCUACCUGUAUCAUCAUCU